UCCCCCGUUCGCGACCGGCCGACCGCAUCAGACGACGCGCGCCGGGCGUCGAGUGCGCCGGGAGUGAAGGGCUUGUCAACGCGUAUAUUAUUCACCGGAUUCGGCAAUACAAAUUGAAGAAACACUUUUAUAACAGAACUGUGAAAACAUUUAGUCUUCUUUUGUUUAUUGCCGACUCAAGUAGUCCAUUUUUUAUAAUUUUAUAGACUAAAAGUGUUAGUGAUAAGUGAUUCAGUAUCAGUGACAUACUCAUGUAAUUGUUGAUGUGUAAAGACACAUGCCGGGUGUGAUUUGUAUUUGAUAAAGUGCUAUAAAGAAGACAGUAUAAAUAUCAUCAUUCGAAUUUGACAUUGAGUACAAUAGAGUAAUUGAUUAGAGAAUCAGUGUCGGAUCGUUUUUGAAAACUUUAAAGAAAUGAGGGUGCACGUUUCAUCUGUGGUCGUGAUGGAAGCAGACGUUGGUUAGUGAUGUUAGUGCGGGGGUGUACGGGGGGUGAGCUGCGGCACUCGCUGGCGGAGCGCACCAAGGCGCUGGCGGCGCGCUGCCACGCGCUGCGGUCGCCGGCGCGCGCAGACCGCUCCACCGAGCGCCGCCGCCCCAGGCACCGCAAGUCUCAGACUCGGUGGUACGUCAAGCAGCCGACAUGGCGGUUGUGGGGCGAGGAGCGCGUCGACGGCGCCAUCUACACCGUGUACCUGAAGAAGGUGCGCUACCACCGGCCUACACGGAGCGCCUCCAGUGAGUCAGAUGACGAGAUAUCGCACUUGGAGUGGGAGACGGUGCGCGUGCGUUUUGUGAAAGCGGGCACCGUCGAGCGGCUGGUGGAGGCGCUGGCCACUGACGACGGGGAGCUCGAGUGUACCUACGUCAAUGUGUUCCUCGCCACAUACCGGUCAUUCGCGGAGUGUAGUCGUGUGUUGGACCUACUGCUCCGCCGAUAUGAAGCGCUGGCGGCGGAGGACGCCGUACCAGCGGCAGUGGACACGUCACAGCAACACAGAAAGACUCUGGUGGCAUGUCUGCACGUAUGGCUGGACACGUACCCUGAGGACUUUCGUCAGCCCCCGCACCAUCCCGCACUGCAGCAGCUACUCGCCUUCACUCAGCUCCAUUUGCCAGGAUCAGAGCUUCAUUCGAAGGUAUUACAGAAGUUAGCGAUAUUCAGUGCAGAACGAAAUGGCAUUUCGGGCAUCGGCAUCAGCGGUGGAGGCGGCGGCGUUUGCCUCGCUGCAGGCAUGCGCGUAUCAGCGCAUCACACCAGCACCUACCGCCUGCCGCACGUACCACACCGGCACUUCGCCGAGCAGCUCACGCGCAUGGACAUGACGCUCUUCAAGAAGCUCGUGCCGCACCAGUGCCUCGGCGCCGUCUGGUCCCGCCGCGACAAGGAUCGCUCGCACGACGCCGCCACUGUCCUCGCCACCGUCAACCAGUUCAACGCCGUCUCCUUCCGCGUCAUCUCCACUGUGCUCGUCGAACCCAACCUGAGACCCCUUGAGAGGGCGGAUAUACUCGCUGCCUGGCUUGACAUCGCCCGCGAGCUGAGAGUGCUGAAAAACUUCUCGUCUCUCAAAGCGAUCAUCUCCGGUUUGCAGAGCAACCCGGUGUACAGGCUCAGGAAAACAUGGGCGCUUUUGGCGAAGGAAAAGGCUGAGCUGUUUGAUGAGCUUGCGAGGAUAUUCAGUGAGGAUAAUAAUCGGUGGGCGCAAAGGGAGUUGCUGAUGCGCGAGGGAACCGCCAAGUUCGCUGACACGGUCGGCGAGAACGACAGACAGUUGCAAAAGUUGUUGCACGAGAGAGGCUCACCCGGAGUGAGCCACGGGACCAUACCUUACUUAGGCACGUUCCUGACGGACCUCACCAUGAUCGACACGGCCAUACCCGACACGGUCGCGGACGGUUUGAUCAAUUUCGAUAAAAGAAGAAAGGAGUUUGAGGUGCUCGCCCAGAUCAAACUCCUGCAAGGCGCGGCGAAUGCCUACCACCUGCCGACGGAUCCAAUGUUCGAUCGAUGGUUCGACUCUGUGAUAAUACUCGACGACCGAGAAGCGUAUCAGCUAUCUUGUCAGAUAGAACCGGCAACUAACCCGCCCAAAGACAGGCGACCGAAGAAAAUGAGCGACGCCAACAACCAGGGGCACAGAAAGAACGAUUCGAUCGCGAGCACGAGUUCCAGUAACAGUUCCCAGUUUUACUGCGAGACGGACGGGGUGGCUAACGCUUGGAAGAGGGAUAGUUUAGAGCGGCGAGCUUCACCGACUAGAUUGUCGCACGGUUCUUCGUCGUCGUCGCUGCCCUCCUUGGAUGUUUCCCUUUCGAGUGCUAAUAGUGGGCAGAAACAAGCAAACGGGAAGGCUGGUGGGAAUGGAAAUAGCCCAGCUCACGCGAAUACUAAGAGCGGGCCGGACUUUUAUAUAAUUCGGGUGACUUACGAAUCGGAUUGUGCGGAGACUGAGGGCGUGGUGUUGUACAAGUCCAUAAUGUUGAGCAACAACGAGCGCACGCCGCAGGUGAUACGCAACUCCAUGCUCAAACUCAAUCUAGACGGCGACCCAGAUGCGUACACCCUGGCUCAAGUACUGCCUGACAGAGAGAUGCUUCUCCCCUCAAACGCGAACGUGUAUUACGCAGUGAACACGGCAUACAACCUCAACUUCAUCCUGCGACCGCGAAAAGCGAGCGCGCCGGAGCCAACUGUUAACGGCAAGCCGCGUGCGCGCCGCCCAUGACAUUACACCCAGUAACGUGGCGUCUGAAAGCAUACAGGUAUAAGAAUAGAGUAGGGGAGAUAUAGACUCUACUACAAGUGGAAGUGUCCCUCUAAUAGAAAGAGAAAGAAGAUGAGAGAACGCAAGCUUUCUAUCUCUAUCACGCAUGCGCAUUGGCAACCGUAAGCAUCUUACUAUUUCGAUGUGAUGCUUGGACAGGCGACUGCGCAUGCGUGACAAGAAAGAGAGAUAGUCUAUUCUAUUCUAUUCUUACACCUCUAUGCCAGAAAGCUGUUCACUAGUGAGAAAAUUUUUGUCACGGCUAUGCUACAAAUUCGAGACGAAUUCAAAUUUAUCUUGGUAUAAGAUUUAUUUAUUUUUCCUACAAUAAAAGCACGGGCUCGUAGCGAUUGGCUCGCUGGUGGAGAUGGUGCUUCAGGCUAGUGUCAUGUAGCUUGUGAUCUUAUAACUCCUAGCCUCGACUGCUGAUAUGGGUCGAAUUUGAAUUAAAAAAAAAUCUACUUCCUCCGAUCAACUACAUCAAGUUAUCUAUCUAUCUAUCUUAUCCUCCAUAUUUAUUUAAAAUUAGAAAAAAUAUUGAUUAUUUAAUUUGAACAAAUAUAAACUACCAGUUUGGAAUCACUGCAUAUCUUUAUCAUUAUGGUUAGGUAUUCGAAAAGAAAAGUUCCAGAGACAAAUAAAAAUAAACGUUCUAAGACAAUGUUCUUCUCGAAUUUUUUUUUGAAAGAUUAAGAUGAUGGAGUAUCACAUCAGCACCCGUAGCUAGGAAUGUUCUCAGUUCCUCUUGCUAUUUAUUUUGUGACUUUGUGUACUCAACGUGGUAAUGUAAAGACUAAUCCAUGUCUGUGUUCAUAGUGUACCUAUCUCAUGUUUUGGAUAUGUGUUUAGUUUUUAUAUUUGUUAUUGUAAAUAUAAAGCUCGGAAGAGCGCCACCUUUUAGCAUAAACUACCUACUCGAGUUAGUGUUUUUGUAUAAAUGUGACUGGAUAUUUGUAUAUAAAGUGUUAAUUUGUAAAUAAUAUGAAUCUCAGAUGGAAUUUACAAUAAAAAAUACUGAGCCAAAGGCAGAUUGUUAUGUAUAAAUUUGUAAGGUGCUGUCUUUUGAAACGUUCUAAUAGAAAGAAAAGGAAGGAAGCUUUAACGAUAGUGAUGAUGUUAGAAAUAUAGUUUGAGAUUUUGAGAAACCGAAUUUCAGUAUUGUGUAUUUUAGUAAUUUAUAUGUGUUUUAUAAAUUUGUGUACAAUAUAUUAUUGCAUAGUAAGUAUUAUAAUGUAAAAUCUUUUUUAUGGCAAAAGUAGAUACCUUUUAGAGCUGAAAGCUAUUAUGUCAACACUCGACAGUACUCAUAUGGGAAGUUUAUAUGUUUAUUUAAUUAAUAUGUAUGUAUGUACUUAUUUCACUUCCUAUACUUACGUAUAAUUAUUACUCAACUCGUGAAGUGGCAUUAUUUAUUGUUAUACAUAAAUGUAACGUUGAAUUAGAGAAGAAUACUUAGGUUAUUUAUGUAAUAGUAUUUUUUUUAUAAAUUACCCAAAAUAUUUAUUUGAUAGAUAUUUCUAAUAUUAAUAACAACUGUCUUAAUUUGUAUAACAAUGCAUGAGUGUCUGAUUAUGUUUGAUUUAAUAUAAUUCCCCAACCCACUAAAAUAUUGAGUAGGUAUUUAACCGACCAAUCUCGAAUAUUAAUGUCUUACAAUCUUAAUUAUUGGUUUCCACAAGUAUUUAUUCAACACAUUAUAGAAAAAACUCGUUCAACGAUGAACAUUAGAUUCACAUACAUAUAUGUAUCUAUAUUAUUUUAUACUUACAAAAAGAUAAAAGUUUAAAGUACAUUCCAUCCACGUCUAAAAUACUCCAAACUUUAAAAGAGUCCAUCAGUAAUGUCCUAUCAUCAAUCAGUUCACAUUCCUCGAAUAAAGAUGUUAUUCAUGGACGAAAUACAUCUUAAAUUUGUGUUCUGGUGACGAAACAAUCUCGUUAAAUAAAACAAGUUUCAACGGUAUAGAGGCACUCAUUUAUUUAUUUAUGACGUUUCGAAACAAUCUCGGUGUAUAUUUAAAAAAGUGCCUCUGCAUCUGUUUCUUUGAAGGAAAUGUCAUUUAUAGCAUGAAUAAUAGUAUAUUACCCAUGUGUUACGUUACCUGAACGAAGCAUGAACUACAAAUAAUUUCAAUGUAAAUAUUUGUCAUAUUAAUUUUGUAGUUUUCCACCAAAAUCUGUUUAAUAAUGUUUAUAACUGUGUAAUAAAAAUAAUGUCUUAU